AUGGCUGAAGGCCGUCAUGAUGUGGAGGCUGCAGAAGGAAAACAAGUCAUUCAUAAAAAAGUUGGAGAUUCUGUGGAGCUUUUAUCAAAUUUACCAGUUGAAGGCGUCACCAGGGCAACAUGGAAAUAUGGAGACUCACCAGUAGCAAACAAAGUUUCAGGUGUUAUUUCAACCAAUCCAUUUAAGAACAGAGUGGAGUUCAAUAACACAAGCUUUAGUUUAACAAUAAGAGACCUGAGUCUUCAAGAUUCUGGUGAAUUCAGUUUUACAUCAUUAACAGACAAACAAAGACCUACAGUCUUCAUCACUCUGCAGGUUCACGAGCCAAUAUCCACAAAUUCAAUUGUGUUUUCAAACGUCACUCAGCCUGAACCAAAUGGAUUUUGUACAGUUUUUCUGGAGUGCAACGCAAAUCCUCACAGCAACGUCACUUACAUCUGGACUGUAGGAACCCAAACCAGAAACGGCCCCAGGCUGCAAUACGCCAUUAAACCACAAGAUGGCGACACCACAUUCACCUGCAAUGCCUCUAAUGUUGUCAGUGAGAAGUUAGCAUCUGAAACACUGAGAUGUAGCAACACCACAGGACCCACAGGCUCUAAUGAAGGAUGUGGUUUUUCUCCUGUCAUGUUUUGGUUUAGGUUGGUUGUUGGACUUCUUGUUAUCCUAGUACUGGUCUGGCUACUUUAUGAUUCAAAGUUGAAGGAAGUAUUUUGCUCCAGGUUUAAACACGAUGCAGCAGUCGACAAGGACCUGAGUCAGCUGGAUCUCCACUCCUCACCUCCACCGAGUGAUGCUUUGGUGUAUGAAAACUCAGGAGGAUCUGCAGACGCUUAAGAAGAUGAAAACAUCCCAUUUCAAUAAGUUCCCAUCAACGAUCAAGACAAUCGAUUGAGAACAAGAUGAACCCAGGCAAUCCAUCAGAAAAGUUUUAUUUUUGUGUAUCUGCUUUGUCUUCUCAAACCCCAGUCAGUUGUGGAAGACAGUCUCUCACACUGAGCCAGGUUCUGGUUCUGCUGGUGUUUUCUUCCUGUUAAACGGAGGUUUUUUCCUCUCCA